UUCCCCCACCGCUCGCCGCGCACGCCGGGCAACCGUAGUGGCGGCUGCUGCGGCCGCUGUGGUGGGUCGUCGUCAUGGACUCUGAGUGGGAUAAGCUGACCCUGGCCUUUUCUCGCACGUCUAUGUUCCCUUUUUUUGACAUCGCCCACUACCUGGUGUCGGUGAUGGCGCUGAAGCGUCAGCCGGGAGCAGCGGCGGAGGCACGGAAGAAUCCUCUUUCAAGCUGGUUUACUGCUAUGCUCCACUGCUUUGGUGGAGGGAUUUUAUCCUGUGUACUGCUGUCAGAGCCUCUAUUGAGGUUUCUUGCAAACAGCACUAAUGUAUUACUGGCAUCUUCAAUCUGGUAUAUUAUAUUUUUUUGCCCAUAUGACCUAGUUUCCCAGGGCUAUUCUUUCCUACCUGUUGAACUCUUGGCUGCUGGAAUGAAGGAAGUGACCAGAACUUGGAAAAUAGUAGGUGGAGUCACACAUGCUGAUAGCUAUUACAAAAAUGGCUGGAUAGUCAUGAUAGCUGUUGGAUGGGCCCGAGGUGCAGGUGGUAGCGUUAUCACGAGUUUUGAGCAGUUGGUAAAAGGAAGUUGGAAACCAGAAGCUGAUCAGUGGCUGAAGAUGUCCUACCCUGCCAAGGUAACCCUGCUGGGAUCAGUUAUCUUCACAUUCCAGCACACCAAGCAUCUGGCAAUAUCAAGGCAUAAUCUUAUGUUCGUUUAUACCAUGUUUCUUGUGGCCACAAAGAUAACCAUGAUGAUUACAGAGACUCCUACUGUGUCUUUUGCUCCUUUUGAGGAUACAUUGAGUCGGGUGCUGUUUGGCUGGCAGCAGCAGUUUUCAUCAUGUGAAAAGAAAAGUGAAACAAAAUCAUCUUUUAAUGGUACUGGUUCAUCGACCUCAAAACCUAUAGCUGAUGCUUCAGAUAAAAUUAAAAAGAAACAUAUUAAGAAGACUGAGUAAAUUUACUUGAUGAGCUCUAGAAGGCAAAAAAAGUUUUUCUUAUUAUCUGCCUUUCAGAUUGUGAUAAAUAUUUCUAUGUAAAUGAUAUGAAAUAAAGAUUGUAUAUAAGGAGUGGAGGUGACAAAAAGAAAACUUGUUUCUGUUUCAGGGAGACUAUCCCAUUCUGGAUUGUAAUUCUUGAGUGUUAUGAGUGUAUCAUGUGAAAUUGUUUUUCUAAGUUAUAUAUAAAAGAUUCUAUUGCGAUUAAUAGUUUUAGAUUGAUAAAAGGCUAGAUACUUGUUAAUGUUAGAAAAAGUAAACUUACUAUCAUUGUAAAAUAACAAAAAUUAAAGCUUUUUUGUUUUCUUCACGUAUUUUCAUACAUAUCUUUUAUUUAAAUCUAUUUGAGCUUUAGUUCAGCAAAAUUAAACUUUUACUUCACAUUACCCUUAUAGUUCCUAGAUAUGGAAAACAAUUCCUAUUUAAUUUUGAGCACUGGGAAAAGUAAACUUAACCUAAAUCACUUUAUAUUAUGAGUGAAAAUAAAUUACUAGUUUACAUUUCAGAUAUAAACAUUGUAUUUUUUUACCCACAUUAAAUGGAAAAUAUCUGAAAUUUUAUUUAAAAUUUUUUUAGUAGUGUUUUUCAAUGAGAACAGAAUAUUAGUAUAAGUCUCAAUCUGAAGUCUAUUUCAUGUCUUUGUUUAUACUGUUUCUUUUUUCUCAAAAGAAUAUCAGGGGUGUAAUUUUUAAUAAAUCCCUAAACCCGUGUUUUGCUUUGUAAGUUUUCAUUUUAGGAGCUUAUUUUUUUGUCUCUUCUUAAAACACAUUCAUUUUGACUCUAGGAGAAAUUAUUCUUCUCAGCAUUUCAUAUGUUCUUAACUUCUUUGUGAUCUUAGAUGAUCUGGAUACAUUGAUGGUAGUAUCAUCUUAAGGAUUCAACAAAAGUGUUAUUUCAAUUUAAAAACUUCCCCUCUAUGUCUCCUUUCUAAUUGAAUUCCUUCAUUCUCUAGUUGAAUGUCUCUUGCUAGUUUGCAUAUGUUUAUGUUAUAUUUUAAUCUAUGUGUACAUAUGUUACUAAUUUUAUUUUAAAUUGAAACUAAUUACCCUUAUGAAAAUGCUCAGCUCUAAUGAGAAUUGUCCUUCGGCAUUCGAUAGUAACCAGCUAACCAAGAAGAAACAGAAACUAAAAUCUCAUAUGGUAGUCCAUUUGAAUGAAGAAUGAUGACAUUAAAUCUGAUUCCUUAUUGGCAAAAAAACACAAAAAAACAAAGAGGUACUAAAUAAUGUUAAUUUUUCUUGGUUUAUUUUAUAGUUUAAAAGUCCAGUUUUAGUUUUAAAAUGCUGUGACUGACAUGAUUUCUUCUACCAAGACCAUAAACCUGCUACCUGCAAAGAGUUAGUUAUGUUUCAGGCAUUUUGGGAUGGCUUAGAAGUACUCAAAUCACGUUCAAGUUAGAAGUUUUUGGUUUUUAAAAAUUUUUAACAAAUACAAACACCAGCAGGUACUAUACUUUUACUUGUUAAAAGAAAAGAGAUUUUGGUGGGGAGGACCUUUGAUAGCCUCGGGAUGCUAAGCAGUUUAUUUUUAAUAUUGUGACAAAAAGUGUUAAAUAUUUAAGAGUUCUGUAUUAUAUUUGAUACUCUUGUGGUUAAAAACCUGUCAAAAUUUACAUGUUACUAAUUAUUGACUUAGUUUUGAAGUUUGGGUUUAACUAUAGUUGAAAUGAUAGGAGUCUUGUUUUACACUUGUAUUAAAGACAAAUUUAUUAAAAUAAGUUAUUUAGCACCAA